AUGGCUACUGUGCCAACUAUUCGGAUCGGCUAUGUGCCCGAGCACUAUCUCACACCCCUUCACCUGGCGCUCCGCUCUCCUGCUGUCGCCUCUCUCCCAUUCAAGCUCGUCUUGACCCCAUUCCCUGCCGGCACGGGACAUAUGAUCACAUCACUGCGCAGCAAUGAAAUAGAUCUCUGCAUCGGUCUCACCGAAGGCUGGGUUGCCGGUCUAACUGGCAAGACCCAGCCUCAGAACCCGGCAGAGGGUGGAUACAAGGUCAUCGGCCACUGGGUCGACAACCCGCUGCGCUGGGCAAUUGUCACGGGCCGCAACCGUGAUGAAAUCAACGGAGUAGCAGAUUUGCAGAACAAGAGAGUCGGCGUUAGUCGACUGGGAAGUGGUUCCCACAUCAUGUCCUUUGUCCUCGCACAACAGCAAAAGUGGAAGUCAGACUCACUGGAAACCGUGCCCCUGGGCCCCUUCGGACCCCUGCGCGCCGGAGUUACCGGUAUCGACAAGGAAAAGCCCGAUCAAGCACCCAACCCAUCAGCCGAGUUCUUCAUGUGGGAGCACUUCACCACCAAGCCGUACUUCCACCCAACAAUCGAAACGCCCAACCCGCCUUUGAAGAAUAUCGGCGAGAUCUUCACUCCCUGGCCAUCGUGGAUGAUCGUUGCGUCCACAGCACUGUUCCCGAACCCGGAGCAGGAUGAGCGUCUUGCGGCGCUUUUCCAGGCCUUUGAUCAGGGAAUUAAGGACUUUGAGGCCGAUACCAACAAGGUUGUCAGGCUUCUUGGUACCGGUGAGCUUGGCUGCAAUUACAUUGAGGAAGAUGCUGUUGAGUGGCUCAAGGAUGUCAAGUUCACGGAUGCCACGCGUGGUGUGGACCGCAAGGUUAUUGAGAAUGUUGUUGAUAUUCUCAAGGUUGCUGGUGUUAUUGACACUGCUAUGGAGAAUGAUGAGGCUAUCCGAAGAGUUAUUGGUAUCUCCCGGUAG